GGUAGGCGUCCAUAAACCCUGAGCACGCGUCUAGAAGCGCUUUAAGUGGUGCAUGGUUGUCAAUCCUACUAGCUGAGAAACCAAUACUGUCAUUGUUAUUGUUUUUCUUUCGCCCCGAAGGGAAUUUUAAUAACAAUCACAGUCCUGGUACUUUGAAAUCCUUUUCAAAACCCCUGUCUAGAACCAUCCUUCUAAAAUAAAAAUUUUACAAAACUCAUUCUGCAAAUAGUGUUAAAGACAGAAACUUCAUCUUAUAGGGAAUCUGGAAGCACCCCAUUAUUACUCUGCUCUUUGCUAAAUGCUAUCUUGUUUGUUUCGUGCUCUUCUUUUCUUCUGCUGUUCUCUAGCUGUGCUAUCUGUGUGUGCUUAUUGAUUCUUUUCACAGAGACUCCGAGUUAGAAGCACAUCCACGAGAGGACCACAGUCGAGAACCAGUCUUACCUGCACAUUUACACACUCAUUACUCAUUCCCAUUAACUCACAGUUGACAUUGCAUACUUACACCUUUGAUUUGCCCUGCUUUGUUUUGUUUUGUUUUGUUCUUUUCUUCAAGGUCUGUGUCAGUUUCAGGUUUAGACCUCCCUCGCAGUGCCAAACAUGUCUCGCACAACAGACCCUGCUGGACACUGGAAGGAUCUGGAGACCUGGCUAAGUGUUGUAACAGACAGCCUCUUAUCUCAGGCCGCUGAAACACUAAAGCAUCAGACACAGGACCAGCUGGAUGACAACAUAGCAAGCCUCAUGAAACAGGACCCAAGCCAGAGCUACAGUCACAAAGAACUAGCCAAGAUCACCGGCUCCUUAAGCCACACACUCAUCGCCACCCUCAAACUGAGCAACAGGCAAGCCGCCCAUCGCCAGCAGGAGCUGACACAUGCACAACGACGCAUCGAACAGCUGGAGCUGGAGGCUCAGGAACGACGAGAAGGGCCUGAUGAAGUGGAACAAGGCGCAAAAGAGGAGAUCAACAGGCUAAAAGAGACCCUAGCAGCUACUACGCAAGAAAUGGAACGAGGCAGAGCAGACUACGCUGACCUCUCCGACAAGCUACAAUACGCAGAACAGCUACUGGAAAAAGCAAAGGCUGACUUCAGAGACAAGAACAGCCGAAUUAAAGCUCUCGAAACUCACCUGAAUGAGUCAAGAAAUGAGGUCAGCCGCCUAAAACAACAGCUUGACUACAUCAAAGAAGAGUCUGACAGUAUUAAAGAGGAACUCAAGCAUGCAUAUGAAUUGCGCUGUGAGCCGUCAAGAACACGUCGGACACCGACGUCACCUUUGCCAAGCAGGACCGGCUCCCCUGUUCCUGGACUGGCACAUGAUCAGAAGGGGGCAGUGCCAAAACAGUCACCAGCUCCCUCCGAAGAAUCCUACCUCCCCACUAAGCUAAAAGAACGUGCUCCAGCCAGCCACAGAUCAUCUCAUGGCUUGGACCUCAGAGACCUUGACAAGCUUGCUAGAAACAUUGGCAAAUUCACUCCAAAUGUGCCAGGUAGUCCAAAUGUUCAGAGUUAUCUGCAAGAUAUUGACUUCCAUCUGGAGAUGAGACCCAAUGUCACUGACAAAGAUAGACUUUAUUUGCUCAGAGCCACAUCCAGCUCUGAAGUGCGCAGCUUCCUGGACCGGCAGCCUGCCCACACAAAGACUGAUUACCACCUGCUCCAAGAAGCUCUCAUCAAAGAGUUUGCCGACCCCGAGUCAGAACGAGGACUAGUGGCUGCCCUGGAAACAAAACAAGGUCGUCACGAAACUCCUCAAGUCUUCUAUAGCCGACUAAGGCUAGCGUACUUCGGGUCUCACAACGAACAGAACAUGGAGGAGGAAUUGAACUUCAAAACUCUCUUCCUGAGAAACCUCCAUCCUGGGGUGAGCCACCAUCUUGGCGUCCUUGCCUGUCCACGCACAAUGAGUGCUCAACAGUUAAGAGACUUGGCGCACAAAGCCUACUGUAAACAGAAGAUGGCCUUAGAAAAGGGCACCAAAACCACCACAGUUCUUGACUUCAACACCCAGAAUCAAGGGCUGGCCCUAGAGGGCACCCAGCAUCAAGACCUUGCCAAGCCGACACCCAAAGAGUGGAAUGCAUCUUCGUCCAACAGAGAGUGGGACUCCCACACUGGUACUCGACCUAAACAGAGAGACAACCGCUGGGAUGGACCACGUGGACGACAACGCUCACCUGGACGUCACUGGGAAAAUUCAUGGAACCAAUCAAGACCUCAUGAGAGUCAUUGGGAGAAAACCUGGAAUCACCCAAGCUCAUUUGGAAACACCAGAGGAAAAGGCUCAUGGGAAUCCAAGGGAAAACGACAAACACACCCUGGAGCAACCAGCCCAAGGAAUCAACGAAAAAACUCACAAAGAUUCCAAGCUGACAGAGCUCAAAAUGAAUCCAUACCAGAACAAAAGACUUCACCUUGUUUCGACUCUCAAGAACUGAUGAAAAUGAUGAUGAAAGAGUUCUUCCAACGAAAGGAGGAUGACCGGAAGUGGGAAAAGAAAGAGAAACCAGAUUCCUCCUGACUAGUGGCCGGACGAGAUGGCAGCGACCACCUGACUCAACAGACCCCAGAGAAUAGCACCUCACCUCUCGCCCAGAG